ACCCUGCAUGACAUCGUCGUUCUAAUUGCGCUCAGUUCUGAGUACUAAUACAUCUACACAGACGCUCUGCGAAGUCGCCAAAAUACCCUUUACAAGCUACAACUGAAACAUUCGUCAUUAUCGCACCCACGAUAUCGGUCCUGUCCCCUUUCCUCUCGACGAGUCGACGACACACUCCUUCCGAUCCCACUAGGCAUCAUCGAAUACGGUCUCCUGAGCCGCAAACAUGUCGAAUCCACUAGAUACAGACGCAGGCUCCGAGCUCUUCAGCACGUAUGAGGCCGAAUUGAAACUUGUCGAAGCGGACAUAACCCAGAAGCUCGACCAGAUCCCAGAAAUUUCCGGCGAAGAGCGUAAAGCCGCCAUCCGUGGCGCAGAAAGAGCGAUUGACGAAGCAAAGGAACUGCUGGACCAAAUGACGCUUGAAAAAUCGAACAUCCCCACGUCCGCUCGGUCCAAAGUAAACACCCGUUUCCGCAACCACCAGUCCGACGUCGACAGCUUGACCCGCAAGCUGAAAUCACUGGCGGACUCGGACCGCAAACAACUCUUUGGAGAUCGAUACACGGAUGACCCAGAAGCAGGCCCGCGUGACCUGCAACUCGAGCAGCGCCAACAACUUUUGUCCGGCACUGAGCGACUUGGCCGGAGUAGCGACCGAUUGCGGGAGAGUCAACGCGUCGCCCUUGAAACGGAACAGAUUGGCGCAUCGACGUUGGCCGACCUGCACCAGCAGAGGAAUGUGAUUGAAAAUACACAUCAAAAUCUCCUACAGAGCGAGGGAUACGUCGAUCGAAGUGUCAAGACGUUGAGGGGGAUGGCGCGUAGGAUGGCUACCAAUCGGAUGAUCACCAUCGCCAUUAUCACGGUUUUGGUACUUUUGAUUAUUGGCGUGAUUUACAGCAAGUUCAGGUGAAAGGCGACACCAGAUAUUGAAUGGUCAUUUUGUCGGGCUGGCGUUUUUGGAAAAGAUCUAUUAAUUCUGCAAUUGUACAGAGGGAUGGGAGUUCACGCUUCGAUGUGUAGCGUUCCAGAUGUAUUGAUUCUGCGACAGAGCAGAUGGAUGCAAAGUGUCCGGCUUGGGGAAUACAACGUAUAUGUUGCCAAAAAAACGCAACGGUGAUCCAUAGCGCUUUUCAAACAAUAGGCUUCUAACCUGUAUACCUGAUGAGACCAAGGCCUACGUUGAGGAGGAAUCCGACCACCACAGCCAUCUUGCGCCGCUGACUCCAUAUCCCUUCCUCCCUUACA